AACAUCUACGACGAGAUCGAAAUCGAGGACAUGACCUACGACGAAACGCUCCAAACCUACCACUACCCAUGCCCCUGCGGCGACCGCUUCGAGAUCAACAUCGACGACCUCCGCGACGGCGAAGAGAUCGCCGUGUGUCCCAGCUGCAGUCUUCAGAUUCGGGUGAUUUUCGAUGUGGAUGAUUUGCCGAAGCCGGAUGGUGGU